UCUUUCAUAUUCCCAUUUUAAUUCCAACGUUCCUCUCUCUCUCUCUCUCUGGGUUGCAUCUUCUACUCCACUGUAGCCCCAUUUUCCUUAUUUUACGUGGUCCAAAUCAACGAAAAGAUAUCAAAUUUUUGAAUCUGUAGCUCCAAAAGUCAUGUUCCGCACCAGAGUCAGCGAUUCCAAAGAAAUGAACACCGGCAGAGUUAUCGUUGAAAAAGGAUUCGUAUACGAAAAGGAAACGCAUCUGACAGUUAUGAAAACCUCUCUGUUCUUCGCCGGCGAUGGAUUCGCUGUUUACGAUUCCAACGGUCAAGUCGUCUUCCGUGUUGACUCAUACGGUCCAGACAAUCGUGACGCAGGUGAACUCGUUCUCAUGGAUUCCUCCGGUCGUUGCCUCCUCACCGUUCGCCGAAAGAGACCAAGUCUACAUCAACGUUGGGAGGGUUUUAUAGGUGAGAGGGUGGAAGGUGAUAAGCCGAUAUUCAGCGUGAAGAGAUCUUCGAUCAUCGGAAAGUCAAACAUGACGGUGGAGAUGUUAGGUGAUCGAUCGGAGGAGUACCAUAUCGAAGGAUGCUUCUCUCAGAGGAACUGCACGAUAUAUGAUUCGGCGAAGGAAACAAUGGCGGAGAUUAGACGCAAAGUGGAUGCUUCGACAAAUGUGAUGCUUGGAAAAGACGUAUUCUCGCUCACACUGAAACCAGGUUUCGAUGGUGCGUUUGCAAUGGGUUUGGUUCUGGUUCUUGAUCAGAUCAACGGUGAUGAUGGAGGUGUUGAUGUAGACCCUACUGUGGAAGAGUGCAGUUUGUCAUCUUGAAAAUUUUAUUUAAUAUUAAAAUGGAAAUAAAGUUUGAAUUUCUCAAGUAUAA